AUGUGUCAAGGGUUUACGCAACAAGUCACCAAUUUGGUUCAGUGGCGUCCCGAAUCCAUUAGAAAAAAUAUGCAUUUCUUUGAUAAAAUACUCGUGCUGCAGUUUGUUGAGCCCUACAUCGUUUAUGAUGGGGCUUCCCGCUACAUGACAAAGCUAGUGGCGGGAAAGAGUCAGAACUUGUGA